AUGCCUGCCCUACCCCGUUAUCUAACGCCCGCACAGAACAAUGCUAUCCAGGCUGUCUUAACAACGGAGUUCAAGUCGCGCAUCCGCGAUGCAGACCCCGGUUUUUCCGGGUAUCGUGCUGUCAGCGCCUGGGCGUCGUGGCGUCAAAACAUGCUUUUUGUGGAACACCCUCUCUUCCGUAAACGUCCCGACUGCGACAGGGCUCCCUUGAAGACCUCAAUUGACCGCAAGUUUCGCAACUUUUAUUACAGGCUACGCGAAGCGCAUUUGAUCGAGUCCGUCUCCGAGCUUCAGCUCGCCGAAUACGUGUAUAUACCCUCUGCCAUCGAGCUCCAGUUAUCCGAGUAUGUGCCUGUUUCUCAUGCCCUAUCGUUGGAAUCUUACCGCUUGGUUACCGCGCAUGGUUCUAAUAGACCUUCGAGCGACGUCCCUCUCGUCGGCGGGGAGGAUACAGCUCUUCCAGUCGAGCAUGUUGACGCGUGGUCUUCCUCCCUGCACCCUCCUUCGAUGCCCAGCAUCAAUCGCGGGAAUCAAACCGAGACCCACUGGAACUUGUCCGGCUUGCUCGCAGAGCUCACCAUCGAGGACCUAGAGGCUGAAUGGGUCAUGCUUGACCUCAGCAAGGAAGAUUAA